GGUGCGGCUGCCGGUCCUGCUCCCGCUGCCGCUCCCGCUGCCGCUCCCGCUGCCGGGGCGGGAUGUGGCGGGUGGUCCCGCCCAAGCUGGGCCGCGUGUCCCGGGCGCUGAAGCUGGCGGCGCUGGGCGGCGUGCUGCUCCUCACCGUGCUGCAGUCGCCGUCGCUGCUGGCCUCGUGGCAGCGCAACGCCCUGGCCGACCGCCGCUUCCUGCAGCUGCACAAGUGCCCGGCCUGCUUCGGCACCAGCUGGUGCCGCCGCUUCCUGGGCGGCCAGGUGGUGCUGGAGGCGUGGGGCCGCCUCCGCCUGCUGGACUUCCUCAACGUGAAGAACGUCUACUUCGGCCAGUCGGGCGAGCCCCGGGAGCCGGGCGGCCGGCGGCGGGUGGUGCUGAAGCGGCUGGGCUCCCCGCGGGAGCUGGCCCAGCUCGACCAGGGCAUCUGCAAGCGGGCCACCGGCCGCCCGCGCUGCGACCUGCCGCAGGCCCUGCCCCGGACCGAGUUCGCCCGCCUCAACGGCGACGUGCGGCUGCUGACGCCCGAGGCCGUGGAGGGCUGGUCCGACCUGGUGCACUGCCCCUCGCAGCGCCUGCUCGACCGGCUGGUCCGCCGCUACGCCGAGACCAAGGACUCGGGCAGCUUCUUGCUGCGCAACCUCAAGGACUCGGAGCGGAUGCAGCUGCUGCUCACGCUGGCCUUCAACCCGGAGCCCCUCGUGCUGCAGAGCUUUCCAUCAGAUGAGGGGUGGCCAUUUGCAAAAUACCUUGGAGCAUGUGGAAGGAUGGUGGCUGUGAAUUAUGUGGGAGAAGAGCUUUGGAGUUAUUUCUAUGCCCCGUGGGAAAAACGAGUGGACCUGGCAUGGCAACUGAUGGAAAUAGCAGAGCAACUUACCAACAAUGACUUUGAAUUUGCACUCUACCUCCUUGACGUCAGCUUUGACAACUUUGCUGUUGGUCCUAGAGAUGGGAAAGUGAUCAUCGUGGAUGCUGAGAAUGUUUUGGUUGCCGACAAAAGAUUAAUCAGGCAGAACAAACCUGAAAACUGGGAUGUUUGGUAUGAAAGCAAGUUUGAUGAUUGUGAUAAGGAGGCUUGCUUGUCUUUUUCAAAAGAGAUUCUCUGUGCCCGGGCCACCGUGGACCACAAUUACUACGCUGUCUGUCAGAACCUCUUAUCUAGACAUGCCAUCUGGCGGGGGACGUCUGGGGGACUACUUCAUGACCCACCAGCCGACAUUGCCAAAGACGGCCGACUCGAGGCCUUGCUGGAUGAGUGUGCCAACCCAAAGAAGCGAUACGGCCGAUUCCAAGCUGCGAAAGAACUACGAGAAUACCUUGCACAACUGAGUAAUAACGUGAGGUAGUCCAUGGCGAAUUUCUGCUUACACUGGCUAAAACUCCACGACAGCUUGUGGCCAAACAAAAAAGUGGAAACUUCUUUGUUCAGAAGAUAGUUAAACUAGUGAAAUCAAGCAUCUUAAACCCAGCAAAAUGUCAUUUCAAAAAUCACAUGAUGCUUUUCUGCAAAGAAAUGUGUAUUUACCUAAUUAAGACUUGAGCUCCAAUUGGCGCUUUUUUUUUCCUUCCUCCGAAUGCCUGGGGGCAUUUCAGGGAACAUCAAGAUCAUUGGAUAUGAGCCUGGGUAGCUUAAUUGGCUUGUGUGUCAAAGGGGACCUGACAUACUGUGCAUUAGCGUCACAACUUUGUAACGUUCAUGCGUUUACUUGGAAAGUCAAGUUAGACUGGCCUGUUUUAGAGGCCUCUUCCUCCUGAUGUGUGGGGUCUUUUUCAUUUUUAUGUUCAUCUUAUUGACUUUGUAUACAUGCAGGUAAAUGUAGGUGUUUUCAAAUUUAAUGGAUUUUUCAUUUAAUGCUAUGUGGUACCUAUGUACUGUGAGGGCAGGAUUCCCAAGGUGACUGUCUACCUUUUUUUUUUUAAGCUGGAUAUUUUAUUGUAUGUAUAUAUCUAUUUUGUUUAUAAAAGUAGACAUAUUGUCAUAAGGUUCUCAUUUUUUUGUUACUGUGGUUCUGUGCAACAACUUGCAUGAGAUCACUUGGAGUUAAUCAAAUGGUUAUACAGCUGCUGCCAGGAAGUAUACCUGUCUGCAGAGCAGAAGAUCCUUGCCGUGUCAUUUUAAAUAAGCUGUCAUUAAAGAUUACCAAAUGCUUGAGGGGAAAGUACUGCAAACUGAGAUGAAAUCUACAUUCUCUGAUCAGCUCUUAGAAACACAAGGUGACACACAAAGUGUAAUGUAGUAAAACCUAUGCCAAAGACACUGGUUGUAUGUGAACAUUUUCCUAAACUACAUCUUAAAGAACACUUAAGUUUAUCUGAAAGAUCCACUUGCCUCUUAAACAAGUGGUGAGUUUUAGUUUCUCUGGCUUCUGAAAAGCCAAACCACCACUUCCAGCAUACACUAAAGCUGUUAUUCCCAAGGCAAUGACUAUUCACUUUUUUUGUGGGGCUUUAGCUGGGAGUCCAUCUUUGAUCCAAGGCAGAGUGGAGCUGUUACAACACCCAUACCUCCGCUGAGGUGAAUUUCAACUCCUUCCUCUCUGGCUGGCUUCAGGGCAGAACCGGCAGUCUGGUUCAGAUGCUACAGUGAGCCGGAGCACUACGUUGCUGCUGCUGAUAGGGGCCUGGCUUAAAAUGGAAAUUGGGGUGUCUGUGGCCAAGAACCCUUAGUCUUGCCCUGUAGGAAGUGGUUCUUCAGCGACAGUACAGAUAUUUAAAAUCAAAACAGUGUAAGUGGUAUGCACACCAGAAUGAUGUUCUUGGAUCAUAAAAAUGCAUUUUGCUUGUUUGUCCUAUUGGAGCUCUGUUAGUAAUCUUGGAGCCGUCCUCUUCUAAACAUUGGAAAACCUAACUACUGUACGUUUCUAUAGAGCAAAGCUAUGACAUCUUAAAAUCAACAUUUUCAGGAGAUUACUUUGACUAGGGAAUUAAAUGCUGUUGCUAAACCAAAAUGAGGGCGCUUUUGCUUUUCCUUCUUGAGCAAGGGGAAAUGGUUAGAGCUGAGAAUUGAUCUCAAAGAUGCAGAAUAAUGAGGUCCAAUUGAUCACAUUUAUACAACUACCGCUAGAUUACAUUAUGUAAGUUUAGGUUUGCAGAUUUGGCAUAUGUAGUCAUAAUUUAGCUCUUGAUGGGCACUUCUUAUUUAGGAUUAAAAUAAGGCUUCCUAUGGUUUGUUUCCCCCCCGCCACCCCAGGAGGUGGUUGACAAAGUAACUUUUGUUGUGCUUACCUUUUAUUUACCCCACACUCAAACUUGCAAAUCAUCAAAAUUUGCAUUGUUCUUGAUACAAAACACUUUCUUUGAAAAAGAAUGUGUGACCAAUCUUAGAAUAGUAACCUAUACCAGGUUCAGACUAAAAAGGGCUUGGUUUAUCGCUGACACUGAUACUCACCAGUUUUUUUGAGUGAUUGGAAUGUGAUUGCUGAACAGUAAACAAGAAGACACUGCCAGUCCUGAUUGUUACUUGAGGCGGUUUUUAGAACUGCCACUUCCCCUAUUGGAUUUGGUGUGGGACUCAGAAUUCCUUAGAAAUAGGCUGCUAAAACAGAUGAAGAAAAUAAUUUGGAAUUUAAAAACUACAGGGAACACAGAUGUGAAAAGCAAUAAAUAUUUUGUUCAGUUUGCACCUACCAGAUAUUUAUUCUACAAUGACAGUUUAUAUUUUUAGCCAUUGCCCAUCAAUGGACAAAUGUGGUGAAAUAUUUUUGAAUGAGACACUUGGGGUUUGUAUGUGCAUCAAGAUUGUCUUUUUGUAUUGUAAGUUACUGUUAAUUUGACUAUUUUAUCAGACUGUCUCCCUGUGCCUUUAUAUAACAAAGUUGUUUCUACAACUUUUAAUCUUAAUAAAGAGUACUUUAAGAAUCA